UCAUCCUUUUCCGUCAAAGCGGCCGCUCCUCUCCUCCCCCGUCAGUUUCCAACCUGCACACAGCUCGUUUGGUCUCAUCUCAUCGACCGACACUGGCCGCUGCAGAGACGCCGCCCAUCCUCCUCCUCCUCCCUACAAAGUACGGCAAACACUCUGAUUUUUGCCCCAGAAGGAAAACCAGAGGUAAGAUUUCGUCUCUGCGUGGCGAGUCUCUUGCUUCCGUGCCCUCAGAUCGCCCCCUCAGAUCGUCCCGAGACGCCGCCGGGAACAGAACACAUCGCGACGCCGCUGGAAAUCGCCGCUCCACCGUCCUCCAGGCAUGACCAUCUUCGACGACCUGCCCGAGUGACUUGUCAUCGAUGAGAUCCUUGCCCGGUUGCCACCCAAAGAUGUGCUCCGCUGCCGUGCUGUCCGCAAGUUGUGGCACAGCGGCACUUCCACCACCGCGUUCAUCCUCGACCAUCACCGACGCCAGCCGUCGCUCCCCAUCAUCGAACAACGUCGAAAGGGCUUCUUCCACAUGGCCGGAGCCUCUAAUGGUCAAAAGAUAUGGCCCGUCCUCCGUUAUGCUGUUACAAAACCCGUUGUUAUACACCGCGUCUGCGACGGCCUCCUCAUCCUGGGGCAUAAAUCUGAUUUCUACAUCUGUAAUCCAACCACCCGCAAGUGUGCUUUCCUGCCACAUCCUCCACAACGACCAGGCGUCAGCGUCAUUGCCGUAGUCGCCUUCUACCGGCACCACACAUCUAGAGAAUACCGGGUUCUCUGGGUGUCAUACUCCAGACCGAUCAGCUCUGGUGUCCCAGUGCAGUCACCUGAGUACUUCGUCCUCACGGUGGGAUCAAAUCAGCCAAGAUGCAUCGAGUGGCCGACAGUUUCACAACACACGCUUCAUGUCACCCAGUCCCCCUACUGUCCACCAGUCCACCAUCGUGGUAGCUUGCACUGGGCAUUUGGCCUCAACUUGACUGUAUUUGACAGCGUAGCUGAGACAUUCCGGCAGAUGAGCCGCCCAAUAGAGUUGGGUGCUUUGGUGUCAUUGUUGGACAUGGGUGGAUCCCUUGAUUUGUGGCACACCACCUGUGAUAGCAUCACUUUCGAUAUUUGGGUGUUGCAGGACUAUGAUGCUGAGACAUGGGGCUUUCAGUACCGGAUUAGCUUGUUUACGAUGGAGGCAUCACCACCGCUUAAUUUGGGGGUGAUAUAUCGCCCUAGUAUGGCUGUGAUCAAUGAGCAUGAGCUGUUGAUUGAGCAGCGUCCUGACCGUCUAUUGCAUUGCGACACUGAUGGUGUGUUUUUAGGAAAUGUGGAAAGUGAAGAACAUGGAAACCAGCUGAUACUUACCAGACAUCUUUUCCAAGAGAGCAUGAUUUCACUUCCAUUGUUUGAGACACAAGAAGACGAUGAUGUGAAGGAGCCUCCAUUCCUCAUAGUGCUAUAAGUAGCCGUGCUCCAUCUUAUUUCCUUGGACAAGUUGUUGCUGUGCUCUAGGAGUAUCAAUGACAUAUGAACCAUGUCUUUUGUUCCUACCUUUUAUUACUACUAGUAGAACUGAACACUUUAUAUGUAUGAAGUAGCACUUGUGCUAUCGUCACGUGGUGCUAGUUAUCCUACCGAUCUUGAGCAUCUUGUUAAUGCUCUAAACAAUGGAAUAUCUAUGGUAUAGAACUGCUCUA